GAGUCACUUCUCACAAUUCUUUAUAAGGGGUUCCCGACAAAUCAACUCAAUGUCUCGCGCUGCAAAAUUAACCCUCUUCGGCACUUCACUCUUUGCCGCCAGCACUAUAGUCUUCGUACAUUAUGCGCAGACGGCCGAGAAAGCUGCAAUGCACGCAGGCGUAAUCCGAGACAUGGAACAACAGCGCAUAAAAAAAGAGCGCCAGUUAGAUUUCGAUUUGCAGCGGGCGAUGGAAGAAGAAUAUAGGAAGGUGCAGAAUGUUAGCGACGGGACUACGAGGUGAUAUACCGCUGCGGCUUCAAACUUGUAUACGUGUUGUGUCUAGAGAUUAAGAAUUAUGGUACUCGUUUGAGGAAUGAACGAGAGGGAAGUGUAUAUUACAAACCUGGGUACGCGGCAACAAAAAUUACGGAUCAAUAUGUAUGAGUAUGAAA